CUGUGCUGUCGUCCCGGACCCGGACCGUCCCGGACCCGACCUGCGCUGUCCUCGAUGUUCGGCACGCCAGCGGCCCGACCUCCGCGCCGCAAAGUCCUCUGGAUCGGCUUCUCUCCAACCGCCAACACGCCACCCGAGCUCUGCAUCACGCCGCCGUCGGCCUGGCUCUCUGGUGGACGGAUGUCGCCCUCGUCGUCGCCCACAUCGCCUCGCAAUCCUCGAGCCCUGCGCAUCUCGCACCCGCGCCUCGCCCUCGCGAUGCUCGCCUCCUGCUCCGUCCUGCUCCUCCUCAUGGUGGCGACGACCUCCUCAGGCAAGCCGCGGCAGCUCCUCCAGAGGGAAGGCCUCCUCUUUGGACGGACGCCGAUGGCCGGCGGCCUUUCCGCCAUGCUCUAUGGAGAUGGCAUCGCGGUGGAGAUCCCGGACCCACGUUCUCCAGCGGCUGCUGCGCCCGCCGUGGCUCCGUCACGGCCAGACGGCUCUCCGGCGUCAAAGGCUGCGCCAGCCGCGGCCCCGUCGCGGCCAAUCCGCGCCGCAGCUCCGGCUCCGCUGUCGCCGGUGGCGGCGGCUGCGGCGCCGGCCGCAGCGCCGAGCCCCGCCUCUGGCCUCUCCCGGCCGGUCAGUCGCCUCGUCAACGUGACGUUUGCCUUUGCUCGCACGCCCCUGCUGGGCGGCUCCGCCGAGCUCUUCUGGCUGAGCGACAACGCCACCGAGCGCUGGUACGCCUCGCUGCCGGCCGGGGUCGAGGGAGGCACGCUCUCGGUGCAAGCCUCGGCCGGUGCGCGCUACCGCGUCGUCGAGGGCGGGAGCGGCAAGACGAUCGCCCGGCAGACGGCGUCUCACGAGGCGCCGGCAGCACGCAGGACGGGGUUCCGCCCCGUCGUGCUCCGCUUCAGCGUGCAGCCGUCCCGCUUCCACGUCGGGGGCGAGGCCGGAGGCAGGCUCUCCCUCUACUGGAGCUGGGCGGGCGAGGGCGGGAGCGGGUACGUAGAUGCGGCAGCACAGUGUGCCCAUGGCGUUUCGACGGGGCACGUGCCAACCACGUACCAACCACGCACUCGAGCCGCGGUUGCAUCCGUCGCCCUCGUCGUCACGCGGAGCAUCGCGACGAUGUCCGGCGAGCGCUGGAUCGUGCGAGACGCAGCCGGCCGGCAGGUGCGCGCCGUCGUCGCCGCGGACGCGCCGGCGGAGCAGGCGGUCGUGCUGGACGCGAGGUGGGCGGUUUGGCAUUGACGGCGGCGUGCGCGGCCCAAGAGCGAAGGCGGCAGGACGACUCGCAUAUUUGACUCACUGCAUGUGCUGAGGGAGGAGCUAGGGCGCGACCACGGCGAGAGCGCGAGGGCGCAGUGCCAGUGGAUACCGCGCCAGCCGGGCCCCGUGUCGCCCCUGGCCGCGAGGAGAGAGGAAGGUGUACGUUGACUGUUGUGUGUAUGCCGCUCCAUGAUGCUCGGAUAUUAUGCUCGUACUGUGUAUUGUGUGGCAUGUGCGUGGCGCGUGUCUAAG